AUGACCAGCGAGUGGAGUGUCGUCUACGAGAAAAUCAAGUUCGGCACCAGACUUUACUACUAUAGUUACAAACAUAUCUACAACCUCUACAGAAGCAAGUACAACCAUCGGAUACAUAGUCAGCUCGCCUCAAAUAUCAUCAUUGAGAACAACCACCAACGCGCUGUCUACAACAGCCAAGACAACAAGAAGCGAUACUACAACAAGAGCAACAACAGAACCGGCAAGUUCUCAAGUAACAUCAACACCAUCGACAAUUCCACCAUCUUCACCCCCUCCGGUUCAGUCAACGCCAUCGACAACCUCCAGUCAAGUGAUUCUCAUGACCACAAGUUCAACCUCGUCCACCACAAGCCCUUUUGUACCUUUCCCAUCUUCCUCGUCUCCUCCGACCACUACAACGCGAAGAACUACCGAUACAACAGUCGUGCGACCGUCUUCACAACGUAUUUCAACGGCGACGACAGCCGUGCCUGUUCUAUCAACCCUUCGGAGCACCACAGCAUUGCCGGCUACAACGACAACGGUUACAACCACAAAACCAUCGACUACAACAGAAAAAACCACGGUUGCAUCCACUCUGAAACCGACAACGACGUCCAAGCCGACAACAACGUUGCCGACAACGACACAAAGUACAACAACCAAACCAACAACGACUACAGAGGCUACGACUACGAAAAGGACAACAACACAAGCCACUACAACUCCAGUGACGACAACCACCCGAAAAGAAACGACGAAGGCUUCGACUACGUUGAGGCCAACGUCAAGAAACGCGUCACCAAUCAGCUACAGCGUUACAUCAGUGACUCCGUUGCCUGGCAACGACUCGUCUUCUGAAAGUACGUCGAGCGCGUUCAUUGGUGGAGGCGGGUCGACGGUUACAACUGGGCAGGCAUCGGGAACUAAGUCGGCGGUAGCUGGGAAAACCACAA